GUUUGUCGGCGCAGAGAUCUUUGUACUUGCCCGCCUUGUUGUGCGUUGCUAUUUGCUAAAAUAUACAAAGAAAUUAAAGAAUUUCAAUUUAAAUUAUUGGAAAAAGCAGACAAUUUGAUUUAAAAUCGUUUAAAUAAAACACACGAAUAGAAAAGAUUUAUUUAAAAUACACUUGAAAAACGAAAACAAAAUGAAUUUUCUCAAAGAUGAAAAAUAUCAUAUGGUUGGUGAUGUAGCCUUUACAGAGGAUAAUAUAUUAAUUUAUAAUAUAUUCGUACGAAAUUUACCAAAAAGUGCCAGCAUAUUGCAUAUUUCGAAAUGUUUUCGAGAAUUUGGUGAAGUUUUAAAAGUCGGUUUUCUAGGCCACGGCAAAGGUAAAGGUAAAAAUUGUUUUAUCAAUUUUGCUGAUCCCAAGGUGGCGGCCAUAGUUUUACAAAGAAAAAACUUUCACUUUAUGAAUCGUUUUAUAUCGGUACAACCCUGCAAGAGUUGGUAUCAACCAAAUGGUCAAAAUACUAUACAACUACUAAAUGGAUAUUCUAAUGAUGCUAAACUACUAAACGAAGCAGCCUGCAGUAAUACAAGUUUUUCAUGUGAACAGAAUUCUUUAAUAUUCAAUUUAAACGAUGAUUGUCUGGAAUAUAUUUGUAAAAUGCUAACACUCAAUGAUCAAAUACAUUUUGCUCUCAGCUGUCAACGUUUUUGUGAAAUUUUCAAAAUGAUUUCACUACAUAAAUAUGUCAAUUUAAAUACGGAACUUUUCGCCACCUUAACACAAUUUCAAUCAAAAGUAUUUCUACAGAUAGUGGGUGCACAAGUUAAGAGUUUGAUGAUUGAUUUUAAAUAUGCUUUUCUUAAGUCACAUACAGAGAUUAUUAGUAUUAUCAGAUUUCUGGGAACAUUUUGUACAAAUGUCGAAACACUUAAAAUCGAAAGCAAUGAUUUGCAUGUUAACAAAUUACGUUCUUUAAUUGCAAAAAUGACACAACUAAAAGAAUUACAUUUAAAUAAUGUAGAUGUAAAUGUGGGCUUAAUAAAAAUCCUACAAACAUUGAAAAAUUUAAAAUGUUUACAUAUAUUAGAUGAUGGCUCUUUAAAUGGUAAACAUCUUAAUAUGCUGGUUGGCCUGGAAAUGCUAUCGCUAAGCGGUUGUCAUCAACUCAACUCAUUUCACUUUAAAAAACUUUGUGAAAAUCUAAAAAAUUUACAAUACCUUGAUAUACGUUCUUGUGAUCGUUUGAAAAAAUCAGAUUAUGAACAUAUUCUUAAAUAUCUUAUUAACUUGGAAACUCUUAAAUUUUCCACUAUCGAAGAGAAUUUCAAUUGUCUUACUAAAUUGCCCAAACUUAAGCAAUUGGAAAUUACGGAUAAUGAGGGUAUUGUCAUAGCGGAGGAGUUUUACAAAAAUUUAACACAAUAUCAAGCGAAUAAUUUGGAAGAAUUAAAAUUACAAGAAUUAUGUUAUUUUAAUGAGGAUAUCGCUGCACUGGUGGCUAAAUUGGAAAAAUUAAAAUUAUUAGGCAUUGAUAAUGAUGCUGUCGAUGAUAAAUGUUUGGAAAAAUUCUCAGUGUUAAGUGAAUUAGAAGAAUUGCAUUUAAAUGGCUGUGAUGAUAUUAGCGAUCAGGGCGUUUUAGCACUUCUAGAACAUAGUGUACAACUUAAACGUCUCCAUUUAACUUUUUGUGAUAACAUAACAACAGAUUUUGUGCGUAAUGCCUUAAAAUUGUUGCAGGAACAACAUGAUCGUGGUAAUCGCACGUAUCCCUUACAUCUAACACUAACUUUUAAAGCUCAAUUUGAAGCUUUAACUGAGGAAAAUAAUAUAAAAUCUUCAGAUGUACUUAAAAUAACAUUAGAUCGAGAUUUUAAAAAAUUAUUUAACUUUUUUCAUGAUGAUGAUGACGAUGUUUAUUUCGACGAUGAUGAUGAUGAUUUUGAUUAUCCAUUCGGUUAUGAUUAUCCAUUUGAUUAUGACUACAACUCUGGUAAUGAUGAUUAUUACUCCGAUGAUGAACCUAAUAAUGAUCUUUUAGUAAUUUUUCGCACCAAAUCCAUACAACGACAAUUUUCCCACAUACGUUUCAUAUUCCUGCUAAUUAUAGUACUCAAUACCCUGGAUACAAAAGAUCACACUAACAGACCACAAACUUUACAUAGAAAACACUUCGAACGAGAUUUAAAAUAUUGCCAAAAGUGUUUUGAACACCAAAUCCACGAUUGUUUAAAUUUCUUUAACCUUAUUGAAACAGAUAAGGAGUUUUCCUUAAGGCAGCUAAUAAACCUGUUACCUGAAAGAUCUUGCAAAAGAAAUAACCAAUUGGUGCAGUUAAAAAACUCUCAUGAAAAACUAAUAACUAAAUAUUUAUUUAAUACGAAAAAUUUAGGAAAAAAUAAACUAAAAAUUAAAGAAUUGAAACAAAAAUUUUUCCAACAACAUGAAGGUUUACAAGGCAUGCAAUUUGCUCCCUUAAAGAGUUUUGAAAUUUUUAUAAAAGAUUUUUUCCUAAAUGAUGUGCAUUUAAAUCUAACAGAAAUCACUAUUUGGCAUUAUUUAAUAAACAAUAUACAGCCAUUGUUAAUGCCUCUACUAGAGCAGCAUAACUUUCCGGUACCUAAAACCUUUAAAGUGUGUGGUUUUACCCUUUACCAACAAUAUGCCGGUCAAGAUUUAUAUCAUUAUUACCAAAUGGAAUUUCCUUUAAAAUUGGAAAUUUCCAAACAACUACUACAGGCAGCUUUAAAAUUUUCCUAUGGUUUCAAUAAUUAUCGUUUCUAUAUUACCGAUCUUACGGCCGAUAAUAUGGUAUAUAAUAGAAUUAAUAAUAAAUUAUAUUUUAUCGAUUUGGAUACUCUAUUCAUAGUGGAUUCAUCUAAGGCUAAAUACAAAUCCUCCAUACAUAAACAUGAGUAUAUAGAAUGUCCGGGUUGUUUUGCUUAUUCAGCUGAUGAUAUAGCUUCUUAUAAUAUCAGUGAUAUAAAUGUAUACUCUGCUUGUCAAUUUCUUAGAGAAGAUCUAUUUAGAGAUCAGACGAAAGGUUUUCUCUAUCCCAUACCCCCCGAUAUUAAGGAGACAUAUCCAAAUGUAUGGCAGCUAUUAGAUAAAUGUGUUGAUUGUCGGGGUUCAGAGUGUUGGGAACGUUUAACGGUAGCUAAGGAUUUAAUAGAAGUAAUUGAGCAAAUUUUGGAGAAAUAAAUUAAAAUGCCCGAAAGGUGAAAAGAAGAUGUAUUUAGUCUGUUGGUCGUAGACUGUAUUACUUUCACAUAGAAUAUUUCCCAACAAUUGAAUUUCAACUAAAAAUAAGUAUGUAUUUUCAAGUACAAUUGUGUUUUCUUUUUUUACAAAAAUACUAUUCGAAAAAAGCUUAAAAAAUAAAUGUAAAAUAAUUAAUUAUUUA